AGUAAUUGAUGAUGCGACAAAGGAUGAUGAUCUUUUUAUGAUACAAAUGGCAACGCAAAUGAAAGAAAAGUUUGAUAAAUAUUGGGGUGAGUGCAAUCUAUUGAUGGCUGUUGCAAAUGUAUUGGAUCCGAGAGUUAAAUUUCAUGGUGUUGAAAUAUGUUUUCCAAUGAUAUACAAGUCUGAAGAAGUUGCUGCCGAGUAUGUGAACAAAGUGCGUGCUUCACUGCAACAACUAUAUAAUGAUUAUGUGGCCUUAAGUGUUGAAGAAUUAUCCUCAAGUCAGUGCAAUAUGGCUAACAUCUCCUCUGCCACCACCCAAUCUGAAUCUGCGAUAGUUACUGGGUUUGAUCAAAUUAUGAGUCUUGUAAGAGCAAAAGAAGCAAUUCCUGUAUCAAAAUCUGAAUUGGAUGCCUAUCUCGAGGACAGUGUUUAUAUUCCUGAUGGAAAUAUGUCUUCAUUUUGUGCCUUGGAGUGGUGGAGGAACAACAGCAUGAAAUAUAAAGUUUUAUCGAAGAUGGCUGCUGAUGUACUUGCGAUUCCAAUAUCAACGGUAGCUUCAGAGUCUACAUUUAGUGCUGGAGGUAGAGUUAUAGAUGAAUAUCGUUCAAGAUUGAAUGAAGAAUCUAUUGAGACACUAAUUUGUGGAGGAGAUUGGCUUCGACAUAAAUACAACUUGAAAAAAAAGAAGGUGAAUGAGUCUUUGAAGGAGAUAAGCUUAUAGAUUAAAGAAGUUCUUUAAUACUUUGGUUGCGGAGUGGAAAUGCUAAUGUCCAGAAGAUAUUAUUGAUCUAUUUGCUAUUUUUCUCUUGAAACUUUUAUUGUAUUGAUUUAAUGGUUUCAGAAACUUUGGGGGAAUUUGCAAUUCUUGUGGCUUGUGGCCUGUGGGUGACGUGAACUUGAAAAACUAUGUUAUUAAUUUCUAAAUAUUUUUGUCGACUUUUUUAAUAUUGCUUCUGAGUUAG